AUGGAAUGGAUCCAAAGGCACAUGCUCAGGAAACACAAGAAGAGGAAUACAUCUUCGGAAUCAUCUGAUGCCGAAUCCAUCGACACAGUAUACCCAUGUAGGCCACUCGAGCAUGAGAGUUCCAUCCGCCUUCUACUCGUCACGCCAGGCAAGGUAGACUUGGCCUUUGCUUUUCAGGAGGACCGGCUCGGUAACGUCGCCCACAAAUAUGCCUACAAAGCACUACCAUACGAGUGGGGAUCGGCUGCCGAGGAUGAACCAGUGAUUACUAUCGACGGCCAUGCGGUGAAAAUCCGGAGAAAUCUGUAUGAGGCUCUCAGCCAAAUCAUGGGCAUGGAAGUCGACUUGGGGUUGGGUCCCUUUUACCUCUGGGUGGAUGCGCUAUGUAUCAGCCAGAACGACAACGUGGAGAAGAGGCCACAGGUCCAGAUGAUGGCUGCCGACGGCAGCGACCAGGCCAUCGAAAAUCUCAAGCUGCUCAGGCCUCUCUUCGGGGUUCCAGGGUUACAGAUCGUCUUGGAGUCAACAACGGCAAGCUUCGACUCUCGUACAAGGGAUGCCAUUCUGCUCUUAUUCAAGCGCUCAUACUGGAAGAGAGUACCUCUAUGGAUCCUUCAGGAGUUGUUUCUGGCGCGGAAGUAUAUCGCUCUAUGUGGCUCCAAAGUCAUCACAGAUGAUGAGCUGCAUGUCGGUCUCAAUGCCAUCAAGGUUUCGCAAAAGCUUUCUGCUUCGGGAUACGCGGAGCUGAUCAAGAAAACCCCGGCGAUUUGGCAUAUUCACACAAAGUUCUUUGGGUUCCAUUGGUUCAACGACCUGAACCGAUUCCUGUCGGUCUGCUCCCAGGAGGACGUCGAAGCCAUGGAGCCGCGGGAUUACAUAUACGUUUUUUUUCGAGCGGUCUUUUGCGAGACCAUGGAGUUAUUGGCGAGCAGCAACGCUGUUCCUUUGGAGUUGCGCCGUCUGGGGCAUCGCGGUGAUCUGUACCGCCAUCCUGUUGGAUCUCACUUUAGAGGGCUCGCUAAGAAAAUGGGUAUCUUGGAUGACGACUUGGAGGACUGUCCAAUCCGGUAUCCACGGAUCAGACGCGAAGCUGUGAUGGAAGCCAACGAGGUCGGAAGGGCUGCUCAGGCAUGCAGUGCAGACCCUGACCAAAUAAAUGGCGAACAAUACCCGUACCGACCGCUCGAGCAUGAAAAUUUCAUCCGUCUUCUCUUGAUCAAACCAGACUCCGGGGAAGAGGUCGCCUACACCCUCCAACAUUCUGAGCUAGGCAAAAUCCCCUACAAGGCACUGUCGUACGAAUGGGGAUUACCCAGUGAUGACGACCCAAAUAUCACCAUUGACGGUCACAUGGUCAGGAUCCGCAAAAAUCUGUUUGACUGCCUCAAACAGACCAGUUCAGUCAUCCAUCAUCUUGGCUUCUUACUUCUUUGGGUCGAUGCACUAUGCAUCAACCAAAACGACGGCGCCGAGAAAAGCCAGCAAGUCCAGAAGAUGAGGGAGAUCUUCUCAAGUGCGGAGGAGGUCUUUGCAUGGACUGGACCGAUGGCAAACGACAGCGACCAUGCGAUAGAUAUCCUCAACUCCACGCCCCCAGGGACCUUAACCAAUCCAGAUCUUUAA